AUUGCUUGCACGGUAUCAUUGAAUAGAAACGAGCAUUGUGACGUACCACAUGGUAUAGGAAACAUCUCCUUUCUAUUAAAAUAAAUGACGUCUGGGUUCUGUUUGACGUACAGGUGAAGUGAGUCAUUGCGGUGUUGGGAGAGGGAGCUUUGUUUACAGCACGCCUGACUUGGUGUGUGACUGUGUACCGCUGAGUUACAGCACCGGAUUAACACAAAGGAUCUCCCACUGAAAACUGGGAAUCGGUGGUUAAACUAACGGACCCUGAGAUGCGUGUGUCCUCUUUUUAUGUGUGCUUUAACGUUGUUCUAGAUUGAAAAUCUUAACACUAUUUUAAGCAGAAACACGGUCGUAUUAGUAACACGCGUAAGCCCAGAUUUAGUUUUGUCUAUUUGGUUCACUAAUCAAAAAUCGCAAAGGAUGUACUUUGUUUUACUUCCAGUUUUGGGGGUUGUGUGGGCUGGGGGUGUGUGUGUAGAAGUGGGGGGAGUUCUGCAUCACUAGAUAACUUUCUUGGAAUUAAACUCCAGAGGUGACGAUUCUGGUUGAAAACCAGGCUUAUUUCUGUUUCCUUGCAGGAAAGGAACUGCCAAAUCAAGGAGCCUUUUCUCUUUUGUGUCCUUUAAAGGGACAGUUGGGGAACACUCCGCAUCGUGUUGCCUUGCGCCUCCCUACGCUCAGUCAGUAUUCAGUGCUUGCUUUCAAUCAGGAUAGUUCAGAAAUAAUGAGCGGUAGUCAACUUCAUUGGCUAAUUACCUACCAGUUUCCUUUCUCCCAUUGUAUCAGUAUUAAAUGAAUUGCUUCUGCAAAAUUCCUAGUUGCACGUUUCAUGCUGCGCAGCUCGGGGAAUAGGAAUACUGCCCUUAUCUUUUCUGCUGUAGUGACUUUUUCAUUCUGCAGUCUUAUUUAUAAAUCAUCCUUUUAAAAUCUUUGCUACGGGCAUAGAUUUAUUUUUCUUUUUCCUAUCUCAUCUCACACCCUGUAUUCCUAACACCUAUCUGCACUACAAGGAAAAAAAAAAAAAAAGAUUUCACGUGUAUUCAUUUUGUCUUUGACCUGUUACUUAGAACUCAAAAAUUCCAGACCAUUAAAGAGCUAAGAAACGAUUAGGCAUUAGAUUUUUGUUACUCUUCCAUAGAUUUUAAGAAAGCUGAUAGUUGUGAGAUUAAAACCAGGAUGUCAUUAAAAUUGAGUCUGUUUACCUUAUGCGUUUGUAUUUGUCAGUGUCAAGAAAUACUGACAAAUCAAGACGCACAGGGAUAUCUUCUUAUAUUCAACGUGGUUUUUUAAUUCAUAGGACACUGCUCACUUCUAGUGGUAACUUCAGUGAUGCUCUGGCCCAUUCAUCUCAGCAUAACAAGGCUGAUUUAACAAAGGUUUUGUCAUAUGAGGGUGGGGAGGAGUAAAUAAGGCUGCUAUGAAUUGAUUUUAAACAUCGAGCUCUAAGACGGUGUGUCCUGAGUUACUGACAGGUGACUCAGUAACGAAACCAUUUCUAGCUCUGCUUUUAGAGCCGGCUAAAAAUAGUUGGAAUGUCAGACCACUGCUCCAUUAAUGGAUCGUACGCUUCCUCUCUUAGUCUUAUCUUGCUGCUUAAAUACAGUAACGUUGCAAAUUCCUCUGCCUGUUUUAGCUGGCCAAGAAGAGCUUGUACGUCUCUAAUCCGUGAUGAUGUACUGUAUACUUCUAAAUUUCUGAUUGGAAAAGGAAAGAUAGUAUAAAAACGGGAAUGAGAGCUUUCUUUCCAUGUAAUAUGAAACUGAGAAAGUAUUGGAAGCAAUACGCCGUUUUAUUCUUCUGAAAUUACUGCGCGCCUGCCCUUUGCUGCGAGACGUUCCCUACAAGCGUGCUAAUCGGGGAAGGUAUCUUCAAACAACUGUUUGUUGCAAAUAGCAACACUACAUUUUUUUUGAGUUGAAACCUCUUGGUUAUAGCUAAAAUAGCGUCAUCUGGAUUUACGUCCCUGUGUUUGCCUGAGUAGCAGCAGCGUGGUGCUUUUUGUGUAGAUGGCACUCCAGAGAAGGGACGGGGUCUCUGAAAUACGCAUCUAUCAUAGAACAAAGAUAUCUACCAUGUCAAAUCCAGCACAAUGAAAGAAAAAGCAAUAGCUUGGGGUUUUUGCACUUAAGAGUUAGUGAAGUUGGGGAGGGGCGAAGAGUGGAAGUGAGAAGCUAAUCGCAUUUUAUAGCAAAGAACAAAGAAGAACGUCCAGAUAGGUAAAACGAUGAUCUGCGUAAGACUAAAUUCACCACCUACUCAGGCUGAAGUUGGCCUUUCUCAGCCAUUGCAUAAGCACAGGAGAGAAGUUUGUAACGAAAAAUAGAAAUCCAACGCAAAAAUAACAUUCUCUGAGUGCUUUCUUCACCCUUUGGUCCUGCAGCUGGGACUACAGUGCUGGCAAGCGGUGUCUGUCGCGCGCUGCUCUGAACCACAGGUACUGCCAGAAAGUACUUCACCAGAGAAGGUUGCAAUAUGUCACUGCGGAAAAGCGAACGCUUCGUGAAGUUAUUUCGAACUUGGAACGAAUAGCAUCCGAGUGCAGGACUAGCAGCCACGACAUGUUGUAUUGUAGUUCCAUUUUUGGAUGUUGAGCCUGUGUUAGCGUUGGACGUGUUUUUCUCCUACACCGUGAACAUGCCUGGCUUGCUUCUCGUGGUGAUGUGAGAAUUAAUUAAUCUUCCUAAAAGGCUUUGAAGAUGAAAAGCGCUGUGUGUAAGAACACUACGUGCUCUCUGAGUUGAAAAACAAACUCGUGUCAAAUAUAUCUUCCUCCUGCUGAGCAAAGGAGAAUGGCAGAAAGAAUAUUUGCGCAGUUUGUUUUCGUGAUUUAAAUAUUUUCAUUGAGUUGUCUUCUGUUGUCCAGAACUAAUUAAAUCUGUGGUGCUAGAACUAGAAGCGGGAUUUUUUCCUUCUUUUUUAAAAUUAGUUCUGCUAGUUUAAUGUUUUUGGCACGGAGGGAUUAUCUAAUGGAAUCUCACUUGGUAUAGCGCAGAGGUUUCUUCUAAAAUUAUUUUUCUGAGCUGUGCCAAAUGAGUACAACUGAAAAUAGAACAGACCUGAGAGGUGUCUCCUAAGGAUUUGUUCAUGAGAAUUGGUGUCCUAUUAAUUUUUUCUAAUCUGAAAAGAACUCCUGGAAAUGUAGAUCGUGCGAGUAAUUCAAUGAAGCGUUGGUUUGUGUUUAUUUGCCGCGUGCCAAGGUCGCUGGCUGGCUGGCUCACCAGAUGGAGCUGUAGGCUUGUUAUUCUUCCCUAGAUCGUCAUCGUUCCACCCCUGAGUAAUGCUGUCACGUGAAUCUCAUGCUGUCUUGUCACUGAAAAAGGCAAGCCACCAGAAUGAUUUCUCAGGGCGUUUGCAGGUCUCUGGUGGGUGAAUGCUACGAUUCCAUUCCUUCUUGGCCGUGGUUCAGGACUCGGGUUUUCUUUUGCUCUCCUGUUCUGCUUUUCAGCUGCACUCCGUGGCGCCACAAGCUGCGAUCUCACUUUGGACAAGGUGACUAUUGGCGAAUACCCCUCCCUACAAGGUGGUAUUCCUAUCUGACAAAAAUAAUAGCAGCUUAAAAAUCUUUGUUUAGUUCCCGGUCGUCCUUCCUGACUUGUUCAGUUUUAAAACAAAACUAAACAAAAACCAAAAAAACCCCAACAAACCUUAAGGAAAAAAAAAAAAGAAAAACCCCCACACCAUUUUAUUCUUUUAAAAGCCAUUAGAAGACCACGUCGGUGUUUCCAAAGAAAAGAAAAAUAGCUGUAUUGUAAGGCCUGAAAGCGGAGCUUGAGAUCAGUUUUCCAAGCUGGCGUCCGUCUUUUCUUCAAGAAUCUAUUUCAUUUGGUGGGCAACGAUGUGGUGUCCCUGGGAAGUCGGGUGUCCCUUGCUGUUGAGUAGAUGUCACCCGUCGCUCCGAGCCAAAAAUAGACUUACUCAUAAAUGAGAAAAAUUAUGCUUGGAAAAACGUUUGCAAUGGCCGAGCGUUUGGGUUUCCUGCCUUGGUGAGACCAUCAUUAACUGCUUCGAGUAAAGGAGGCAGUUAUUAAUGAAAGAUCGUCGGUGCUGCUGCUGAUUAUAGGGAAAAAGGAAUCAGCACAUCUGAGUCAAAUUACGUGACGCCAGUCUGUAUUAAAGAAUGAUAUCCUGACUGGCGGUGGGGAAAAAGAAAAAAAUCUUCUAAAAAGAAAACAGUGUGCCAUAUCCCUCCGUAAAAACGGAGCGAUUUCUGAGAUGGGAGGAUGCAGAAGAUGUGGGCUGGAGGAAAGGAGGAAGGGGAGCAGACAGUAAGGGCACACAGUUGUGUGCAACGCAAUGCACGGUGGCUUUUGGAGAGUCUUUGGAAUAUUUAGAAAGGAGGGCUUUCCUAAGAGCGCUAAUCUCUAUAAUUUUGGGCAGAGGGAAAGGGCAGAAGACAAAGGCUGUCACAAUGUAUUUCAGAUGCGAUUAUUUUAGGAAAGGGCCGUUGUAGGGAGCAGCUAGGCUAAAGCUCAUCGGACUCGGUACCGCUAGCGCGUCUGCUCUGUGCGUGUCUGUGAAUGCGUAAGGCUGGAGGGGUGAAACGUCCUCGGGUCAUUGCUCUUGUUUAAGUCUGUUAUUUAUCAUAAAGGUCCCACCAAGGGAGAAUACGCCUCCACUUUAAAUUUGGUGACACCUGUUUUCCGUGCCGGGUCAGGGGAAUUGUCAGAAUGGACGAACCUGAGGUAAUGAGUCUUACCUUAAUGAGUAGUAGGUAAAAGUCAGAUAGCGAAUCACUUUGGAACCCCUGGCGUGCUGUGACUCUGAUUUGCACCAGGAUGUAUGUGACAAACAUUGCAGUGACACACACGGGUGUCCCUCUACUCCUUUAAGCAAACAUUUUGCUUUCGGUAGCUACGAUAAGCUCGAUGUAGUAUUUAACCCUACUACGAGCUGAGGUGCUUUCCAAUUCAUGUAUUUAGCCUGACAUAAUUUGCAAACAGCUUGAAAGUGUUUGUGGCCUGAGACAAAGAAAUGAUGCAGCUGUCCCCACUCUCAGCUUACUUUUGCAAGGGAGAAGAAUACCCCAGGUGAGAUUUUAAAACAUGGCACAUGAACGGACACAUCUCGGGCAUAUGUGCCCUAGACAUCAAGUCAUCAAUUCUCUCUUUUUGCUGAUUGCAUCAUGAGUGGAAAUCAGUCUGGUCACGUUCUUGUGUUUAAAAUAAGCAAAUGUCCUAUAUUCAACACUUGUGCAGAACGGCGGCAGCAGCAGUAGUAUGCAAUGAAUUUAAACAAAUACAAGUGCUUUUCUUUUAAAAAAAAAAAAAAGUGAUAAAAAUGUGAGAAAGAGCACAUCAAAAGCACGACGUACAACAUCCUGGCUUUUUACCCUAGCUAACAUAUCCCAAGUAGCCAAGUUUUUAAAGAAAACUAAACAAAACAACCUCUCAUUUGGAAAAGCAGCUCUUCCCUGUUUCUUUCAGUACGUUUGUGAAACAAAAUGUAGAGCUCCUUGUUUUGUAAAGGAAAAAGAAGCUACCUCCCCCCGGUCAUCUGCCUGCAGAGGCUGAAAAGCACAACUACUGAGCUCCAGCUUCUAGGUCUGCUUUAUACCGGGGGUGGGGGGAGAAGAGGAAGAACAACAGUAAAAAUAAGAAGUCUGGAAAAACCUUUGGAAAAGACAAUAGCCAAAGAUUCAAAUAUGGAGGUAGAAGCAGGUUUUAAUUAUACCAUUGUUAGGAAAAAAAAAAACACCAAACCCUGCAGAAAGGCUUGUCAGGUUGCAAUUCAUCCUAGUCUUGUCAAUCACUGUUGUUGCCAGGCACAAAAAUGAAGCGCAUAUGAGAAGUUUUUAUAUAGAAGUUGUAGAAUAUUGUCACUAACCCACCCCCACACACCCAUUUUAUUUCAGAGUGACAAAAGCUGAGAUGAAUGAGUUGUUGUCUGGCCCUUCCCCUUUGUAUAGUCAUUGGCUGGCUUGGUUCUAAAAAGGAUUUAAAAAAGGGGAAUAAUGUGCCUUUGCCUGGGAUCUGAGACUGUCAGGGUGCUGAAAAGCUAAUCUGUGAGCUGCCACCAUGCAGAUCUCCUGGGCUGUGUGCUCUGUCUGUGUCUUAGUACAAAUUGCAUUUCGAUCCGUGGAAGGGUGGCAAAUGUUUAAAAAUGAUGCUACAGAAAUCAUUCCCGAGAUCACUGAAAAUACCGAAACUCCGGUGGAGCAGACUUUCAGCAACAACAACACAAUGAACCAGGCAAAGCACGGAGGAAGACACAUACAACAAGCUCCAGACCUUAAUGAUGCUUCUGACUUCAGCUGCAGAGAAAUGCGAACCACCCGCUACGUCACGGAGGGCCCUUGCCGCAGCAUCAAGCCUGUCAAGGAACUGGUCUGCUCUGGUCAGUGUGUGCCCUCACACCUCCUUCCCAACUCCAUCGGCAGGGGGAAGUGGUGGCGUCAGAACGCCCCGGACUACCGCUGCAUCCCGGCUCACACUCGCACCCAGCGCAUCCAGAUGGCUUGUCCCGAGGAAGAGACUCGGACUUACAAAUUCCGAGCUGUCACGUCCUGCAAAUGCAAGCGCUACACUCGCUAUCACAACCAGUCGGAGCUGAAGGACUUCGGCAAGGAAACCGUCAGGCCUCAGAAGAACAAGAAGCCUCGUCUCUCCAGAGCCAGGAGCAGCAAAUCUAACCAGCACGAGUUAGAAAAUGCUUAUUAGAGGGUGUCUCUGAGUGAUACAGCCUAGCAGCUCUGGAUAUUUUUACAAAACAUCAAAUGGCACUCACAGGCCACAGCAUGACGUUCUGACUGCAGUGGGUUCCAAUUCCUUCUGCUAAGAUGGGUCAAAGGCUCACAUAGUCAAAAAAAAUCUAUCAGAUGAUAGCAGUUAUGGUCUGAUAAGAGAAUGAGAUAAAACAAGCUGGAGGUAGCAACACCUAAAUUCAGUCUGAGAGGAGAGGUACACCUUGGAGAUUCAGGUGAGGUCAGGUGGGUUGUACAAGUAGGAAGGGAGAGGAAAGUGACGCUGUUACGGUGACAAUCACACUUUGUUAGAAGUCAUUCUACCCACUUUAUGUGAAAAAAAAGACAAACACUGAGAUCUCUUUCCUAGUUUUGUAAGUGCCACGAUGCAGGACAAGCACGCGAUGAGGGAAGCACCAGGAGAGUUACCACUCUCUGAAUGGGUUGCAGUAGGUGUGAUAGCAGGGAUUUGAACAGUUGUGGUGACUGAAGUCAAAUUGUUGGGAAGUUACCAUCCUGUCAAGAUGUCCUCAUGCCCCAGCUGUUUCCUCUAAAACACAAAAAUCAGAAUACGACACUCGUGUUCUCAAAAACAAAAGUGUGACAAAACUAUUCCAUACAUUUCAUUAAAAGUCUGUAGGAUCAACGGAUUCAAAAUUAGGAUUUGACAACUAAAACCGUAUUUGGUUUAGGGACAACGAUUGGUUUCAAGAACAAUUAAACAAACUCUUCUAAGUGGAGCAGAUUUAUGAAAUGGAUGCUCCCCUCAAACCAGAUAGCCUCACUGACACGUGUCUCGUAAACAGCUAAUGAUGUGCGUAAUCCAACAUAAAAGAUACUGCUUAUUCCUUAUUUCCUAGAACACAAUUGACUUUAGUACCAGCUUAGCCGUCUAAAUUUACAUUUCCUAUUCUGUAGAGUUCGGAUUAUCUGCCCCCCACCUCGUAGUGCUGUGAGCGUGCAAGCCAAGUUCUGGGAGUAAGGUGCUGGUUCUGCAAUUCAGAGUGAGCCUCCGCUAACGUUAGCGUCACGAAUUCCUCUAGAAAAGCCUUUGGUCUGUGCAGCUUUGGUAAGUCUUUAGUUUGACAGCAACUUUCCUUUACUUAGCUUCUCAACAUUCAGACUAAUUAAAGAAUAUUAUUAGAAAGUGAAGUGUCACGUGCUGUAUAUAUCCUGUAGAAGCGCUAAGCCUAGUGUCAGAUGAACACAGUUUGGGAUGAAGACAGUUCCUCGCUGUUCUUAUUUUCUAUGUAGAGUUUAUGCUGAAAUCAUAUAAACUAUGGAAAUUCGCGAUGUCGAUAGAUUUUGCGAUCAUUUUCUGUGGGACCAGAACCUAUAGAGAAAAGGUAUUGUUUCAGAGAGUGAAUUACGUAUUUAUUUUUUUCUCAGAAAUUAUUUAUGCAAUGUUUUUCCUUGUAGAGAAUAAGA